AUGGAGGGACGGCUCUCCCGCAUCCCUGUGCACGGCCGGUUCCACCGCCCCGAGCCGUCCGCAGAAUUGCCAACUGCCUUUCCUUCAAAGAGAAAAUGUGUCAGCAAAACAUCAGGCCCAGAGUUCAGUGGAGUUCCCAAUCUUAACUUUGCCUCAAAUGUUCCAGCAGACAGUGUCUUCAAGGCUGCAAACCAAGGGUUGUCUAAGUCUGUCAAGAAAGUGGAGCCAGUUUCAAAGAAGACAGUGGCAAGACGCCCUGUCAGCAGAUUCCAACUAGAAGCAGAGCUGAAAAACAAGAAUCAGUUGGUGGAAACACUCAAACAACAAUUAGCAAGAGGAGAGGGCACUAUUAAGUUAAGGGAGUUAAAGAAGGAGAACGAGAGGCUUGUCCAUGAAGUUGAGAAGCUCAAGAAAAUUCAGGAGACUUGCAUGACUAUUUUGGAAAGCAGAAACAUCAGUCCUGAUAGCAACAUAGAGGAGGAAAAAGAGACUCGCGCUUGCCGGGAGAAAACAACAAUGCUGACUAAGAAGGUUACAGAAGAGUUGAUGGUAUUUUGUCACACAGUUGAAAAAGAGAAGGAGAUGCUUGAGACAGCGAUGGCCAAGUGGAAAUCAGCACAAGAGGAGAACCAGCGUGCCCUGGAGAAGCACUCCUACUUCCAAGCUCAAAUUAAGGAAUGGACAGCCAUGCUGGAAGGGCUGGAGAAGCUCCUGGCAAUGUGAAGCACGAGGAUGGACUGGGAUUUUUGCCGUUUCACCCCUAGUUCAGCGGUCCCUAUCUGCCAAGCCUAGUUCCUGCGUUUGGCGAUCCAAACUCCCCGGCGGGGCAGCGACGGAGGGUGGGCUGAGGCAGCAGCGAUGGCCGCUGAUUGUGUCGGGCGCUCGCCGCUCUGUUCCGGUUUCUGCCGUUCAGUUUAUUAA